UCGCUGGUGCGAUGGGUUGAAUGGGUCUGUUCUUAUCUCGUGCUGGAUGGGUGAGGACACACUCCAAAAGGACACUCGUGUAUCGUCAGUUGCUGUCUGCCAUGUGGGCGCGAUGGUUGUACACGCUCCUGUUGCGCAUCUGGAUGAUCCAGGGCCUGGUACUGGGCAUAACCGGGCAUUAUUACAGUCCAUCCCGUCGCCGGUUGGUGCCCAGCAGAGUGCUCCGCUGGUACAGCUGGCUGAUGAUGCUGGCCACUCUGGCGCUGUACUGGGGGUACUGGUACUAUGUGCAGGACUACUUUGUGCAGGGCACGUUCCGCAGGCACGUAUUCGUGAGGUCCCUCAGCUGUGGUACCGUCGUAUUGCAGCUGCUCGCCCUGGUUGUGCAGACCGUGCUGCGGAUGUUCCGUGAGCAGGAGGUCUGUGCGGUCUUCAACGAACUGAUGGCUAUGAGGUCCAAGGUGUCCAGAGUGCACCCCCAGGGGGAGCCCAGUCGCUUCUACUACGUUGUGGUCUUCGGCAAGGUCUUCAAUUACCUGCAAAACUUCAACUUCAGCCUGAGCAUCCUCCUGAUCGUUGACAUGCGGUCGGUGAAUGUCUGGGACUAUUUGUCCAACUUCUACUUCGUUUACAUGUCGCUGGUCAGGGACACCCUGCUGAUGUCCUACAUUCUGCUGUUGCUGGAGCUGAGCGAGGCCCUGAGGGUCAAUGGUGAGCAUCCAAGGACGUCCUAUGCGGGCCUAAUGCGACAGCUGCAGCGGCAGGAGCGCCUGCUGCGGCUGGUGCGACGGGUGCAUCGCCUGUACGCGUGGCAAGUGCUGGCCACGAUGUUCUUUCAGCUGUACUUCAACAUGGCCACCUUCUACGUGGGCUACUCGUUUCUGGCAGCGUCCUCAGCGCCGGUGUCGGGAUUCCGUGUGUGGAAUGCCAAGUUCCUGCUAACCGUUUUCACGUUCAUCACCAAGCUCUUCGAUGGCCUUCUUCUGCAGAUUGUCGGCGAGCGUUUGUUGGCCCAGGGAAUCAAUCCCUGCGCCGGUCCGCAAGUGGAGGACGUGACUUACACGCAGGCAGCCCAACGCCAGAUGGAAAUGGCUAGCCUGAACCGGGCCAUUCGGGCCGGCUCCCCAGAGAACAGGGUCCUCGGCAUGUUUUGCAUUGACAUGAGAUGUGCCUUCGCUGUGAUCAGCAGCAGCCUCUCCUACGGCAUUAUAAUCAUGCAGCUGGGAUAUAUUCGCAGCUGAAGCCCAGACCCCGUUCACGUGGCCAGCCAAAUGUAGCCAUGCAAUCAGCACUCAAUCGUAAUUAACUGAAAUAUCUAUCUAAAUGGAUCUGUGGUCGAGGGGUGGCAGAACACGAGCUACUCGUACAGUUCACUGGCUAUGCCCAGGGCUUGCCCGGGCAGCAUGCACUCGUGCUAAAUUUCAUAUACUCGUCUUUAAUAAUCAGACACAAAUUAAAAUACACGAAAAGCAUAAUUUUAAUUGGAAAUUAAAAUCUAUAAUUAAUCCAUCUAUUUGAAGGGCCAUUUGCUUAGCUUUUCUUAGAAAAAUAAAGACCUGAACAUAUUGGUACGAAGGUCCUUAUAGGUGUUCUUAUAGAGUGCGCGAUACUUCCAUUGUAGUGGCUGGAUCUUCGGUCUCGAAGGGUACGAGUAGAACCCAUCCACUGCGCGGAUAAAGCCCAUCUCAAGAGUGUGUGCAACGCCACGAAAAUGACCUCGGAAUGCUCGGAUAGAUGUUUCGUAAGGUAUUAUAUGGCCCCACUACGAUCUUAGAUUCUCCCAAGGUUCGGCAAAAGCCCAUCGCGAACACUAACGGGAGGGCACGGCUGGAGAAACUGUAACUCUUUGUAGAGGCGUCGCGAUGGUUUCGAAAACCUCCUUGAGUAGAGGACCCCCACCUAACCAAACCUACAACAUACGGUACAACAAGCACUAUUUCGGAACAAGUAAAGGGCAUUCCAUUCCAUGAAUGAAGAAAUAUUUUGCGAGACGUUGCUCGAACAAUCAUGAAUACCCUCUUGAGAAUUUACAACACCAAAUCAAAUCUUUUUUCUUUGUUCAGCAUUUUAUAUUGUUUAAAUAAAAAUGUAGUUUCGGUUCAAUUCCACAGACAAAUCGGUCACCGUUUUCUUUUUGACGAGUAAA